CCACACACACCCAGAAAGAAAAAAUUUUCAUUUUCUGUCAACGCUGUGUUCAUUCAAACCCCAUUAAUUGUCAAUUGAAUUCCCAAAACCAAACAACACAAAAAACAACGAAACAAAUCCCAAAGAAUUGAGAGCCAUUCAAAGGAUGCAAACAGGCUCACAACGUUUAUCGCCAACCCAAGAAGAAGUCUACACAUAUUCCGAGAAUCGCCGACCAGUCACAAUGAAACGACGCACUCUAGCUGGCACCUGUGGCAUUGGCAUAUUCGCCAUCGCCCUAAUUACAGUCGUUCUAGCUUUUGCCACACCCAGUUGGUUAGUCAGUGAUUAUCGCAUCACAGGAUCCAAAUUGGAGCGUCUCGGAUUGUGGGUACAUUGUUUUCGAUCAUUGCCCGAUGUAAACGAUGACAGUCAAAGAAGAUUCUUUGUCGGUUGUCGUUGGAUAUUCGAUCCAUUUACAAAGGGUUACAAUGAGAUAAGGGGAUUCCUUUUGCCAGGCUUUGUUAUAGCCACACAAUUCUUUUAUACGCUGUGUUUUAUUGGAAUGCUUACAUCCGCUGUGAUGGUUUUAAUAUUUGGCCUGUGCGCGGGUCCCGAUCAAAAGCAUUUUAUACAUCUUAUUAAAGCUAUUGGAUUUAUUUUGCUUGCUGCAGGAUGUUCAGGCUGUCUUGGGGUACUGAUCUUUGCCAUUUUUGGCAAUCGCGAUGAUUGGAUGUUGGAACAUGCCAACAAUUGGUUUGGUUGGUCAUUUGUUGUUGGGAUAAUUGGAGCCGUGGCAACUAUUGUCGCUUCGAUUUUAUUCCUUGUCGAAGCCAAUGUCCAACAGAAGAAGAGGAAACAAUUCAAAGAAUCUCAAAGCAGAUUCGAGUUAGUUCGCGGUGGAAAGGCUUAGUAUAAACGAUUAAAAUAAUUUUAUGUUAUAUUCUCCUCUCAAAACGAACAAGUUUAUGCAAUGUACUGUUAACUACACAAAUUGCCAUUCUGACGAUCCAUUCAGCGUAUCAUAACAUCAAUUCAGUAAAUAUUAAAUUUUAUAGACUCUGUUGGUACUUAUGUUCUUUUUAAACAAAGAUCACAUUUUUUUGUAAACUUAUCUUGCACUUUUGUGCAAGUAAGACUGAAUAAAAGACUUAUGCUCCUUUUGAGUCAAGUCUUUGGACAUCGUUUCAUAACUAAUUUUGCCUCUUCGUCAUUUAUUAAAAGCCAAUAAUUUAGUAGACACAAAAAAACAGACUGAUACGAUUGAAUCUUAAUUAAAAUACAUUCCAACAUUUCUAACAAACAAACAAAAAUGUGCCUUAAAAAUGAACCAAAUUUAUAUAGUUCUGAACAAUUGCAUAAACUUACUAAAUAAGUUUUUAUUUUUAUUAAUUUUAAGUACAAAAAAUUUGUACCUUCAAACACGAUGAUGAUUCAAAUGUAAUUCGAAUAUUUAGCUUUAAGAAACUCGAUUAACUUUAAAUUAAGAGAUAAAGUUUUAAAAUUUUACUUGACGAAAGUUAUUUCUUGGAAACCUAUUUGCAUGUUUGUAUGAAAAAAAAUGUAUAUCAAAUUUAUAUUUUGCACAAUAUUGUCUUGAAAAGUAGACAAAAACACCGGUUUAUUAGUUUCAAGCUGAUUACAAAUUUUAUCGGAAUCGAAAUUGAGUCAAGAUGAACCACACAUUUCUAGGUCGUACGGAGUGUGUUGUUCCAAUUUUGAUAAGAUUUGUGACCAGAAUUUGACUAUUUGUAACUUUCAAAUUUAUAAAAAAAGUAUCAUUAUUCCGUCCACAUAAAUAAUGUAUUUACAAAUUUUAGAGAAAAAAAAAAAAAAAAUCACAAAACGUCCAUUUUAUAUUUUAAAUAAA